AUGGAUCAAGUAAGAAUUAAAAAAUAUACGGACUUAAUUAGUUCGUUUGAAAAGAAAAGUGAAGUUGAAUUAAAUUCUAAAAAAUGUAAUACAGAAGAUAAAACAAAUUUAUUAGAAAUGAUUGAAUAUUUUUCAAAUACUUUAGUUAAAUAUUUUUAUAAUGAAAAAGAAAUGGAUGAUAUUUUAAUUUCCAACUCGGAUUUGGAUUAUGAGCAAUUAUGGUAUUUUAUUGAAUGUUUAAUAAAGGAAAAAAAGCUAGAAAAUUUAUCAAUUUUUUUUAAUAAUUUUGAAAAAAAAAUAGAUAAAGAAAUUCAAGAGACAAGGGAAAAAAAUGGAAAAAAAAAAAUUAAAAAAAAAAAAGUUAAAUUUUUAGAUCAACAAAUAGACCAAGGCAAAAAUGCAAAACGAAGAAAAAUUAUCAAAUCAGAAUCACCAAGAGAAAGUGAAACGGAAGAGGAUGAGGAUGGAACAAAAGAUGAAGACAAAUUUUUUAACUAUGAAGAAAUGCAAAAAUUUGCUGAUAUAGAAGAUAAUAAAUUUGCAGAAAAUUCAGAUGAAGGAGAAAGUGAUGACUUAUCUGAUGAUUUAGAUUUAAACCAGUUCGAAUUGGACCCCAAUAAGGGGGGGGAUAUCAGGUAUUCCGAUUUUUACAAGGGGGAAGAUGAUGAGGACGAGGAAGAGGAAGAGGAAGAUGAAGAGGACGAUGAAGAUGAAGAUGAAGAUGAAGAUGAAGAGGAAUAUGAUGAGGACGAUGAAGAUGGAGAUGAAGAGGAAGAAGAAGAGGAAGAAGACGAGGAGGGAAGCGCGGAUAUGGACUUGGAGAUGCAUGCGAUGGCAGAGAAUAAAAGUGCAAAGUCAAAGAAAAUGAGGGAAGAGGCAGAUAAAAAAUUAGAAAGAGAUCUGGAAGAAAUGAACGAAUACACUAAUAAAUAUUUUGAUACAGAAACAAAUGAAUUUGAUAAAGAAAAAAUGGAAAAAGAAGAAAUUGAAAAAGAAUUAGUUGCAAAAAAACAUUGGUCAUUAACAGGAGAAGUAACUGCACAAGAUCGUCCAAAAAAUAGUAUACUGUCAUUAAAUGUAGAUAUUCCUAAAGUAAAUACACAUAAAAACGAUACAUUUUUAAAUAAAACUGUGGGUAACGAUUUUGAAAGUGAUGAAGAUAAUGGUGAGUUAAAUAAUAGAGAUCGAAAUUUUAUAGAUAAAAAAAAUAUUUUAAAUGAAGAAAUUGAGCUAGUUGUAAAACAAAGAAUUAAAAAUUUUCUUUUUGAUGAUGUUGAAAAAAAAAAAAUAGAAGAUUUAGAAAUAUUGGAUAAUGAAAAUAAUAAUAAUAAUGAAGUAAAUUUUGAUAAUUUAAAUUUUACUAAAAGUAAAUUAAGUUUAGUUGAUGAAUAUACAAAAAAAUAUGAAAAUGAAAUAAAUAAUAAUAUGAACGGUUCAUCAAAAAAUAAAGAAAUUAAUUUACAAAAAAUAGAAUUAAUGAAUUUAUUUAAAAAAAUUAUGCAUUCAUUAGAUUCUUUAUCCAAUUCCUAUUUUAUACCCAAACCUGUUUUAUUAAAUGGGCCUAAUGAAAAAAUAGCUACUUUACAUAUUGAAGAAAAUACUCCAAUUAUUUUAUCAGAAAAGAAUAAAAAAGCACCAGAAGAAAAUUAUGCACCUGGUCAUGUAAAAACAUCUAAUGAGAUGUCUAAGCAAGAAAGAAAAUCUUUAAGAAAAUUAAAAAAAAUGAAAAGAAAGAAAAAAAUAUUAAGUCAAUUCAAGCAAGCCCAAGGUGGUAGUACUGGUGGAAUUGCUGAACUCCAAAAAAGAAAUAAUUAUCUCAUGGAUAAAAAUAAAAAAAGUAAAGAAGAAAAAAUAAAUAAAGCUAAAUAUGGUGUAUCAUCAAAAGACCAAUUAUUACAAAAAAAAGUCAAAAAUAAAUAUGAUUACAAUCAGGGUAUAAAUAAUGCCAUGGCUUAUGACGCUGAAAAAAAAAAGUGA